AUGUCUCAAGACGAACAAGUUCAAGUUCCAAUGAACGAAGAAGAACCAAAAAAGAUAAUUGUUAAAAAACACCGUCUUAUUGUAGAAGAAAGUAAAGAAGAUGAUAUGUCAAUUGUAUAUAUGAAUCCACAAAGAAUGGAAGAAUUGAAUUUCUUUGAAGGUGAUAGUAUUUUAAUUAAAGGAAAAAGAAGAAAAAGUACAGUUUGUAUUGUUAUGGCAGAAGAAGGAUUAACAGAAAAUAUGAUCAGACUUCAUCGUAUGACUAGAUACAACUUAAGAGUUAAGUUAGGUGAUGUAGUUGGAGUUGAAACCCCACAAAAUGUUCCUUAUGCUAUUAAAAUUCAUGUAUUACCAAUUGAUGAUACUGUAGAAGGAAUUACUGGAGAUUUAUUUGAAACAUAUAUCCGACCAUAUUUCAGUGAUGUUUUUAGACCUAUUAAGAAAGAUGACCAUUUUUUGUGCCAUGGAGGUAUGAGAACAGUUGAAUUCAAAGUUGUUGAUAUUGACCCAUCACCAUAUGCACUUGUUGUAAAUGACACUAUUAUUCAUUGUGAAGGAGAACCAAUUAAAAGAGAAGAUGAAGAACGACCAGAUGAUCUUGGAUAUGAUGACAUUGGAGGGUGUAGAAGACAACUUGGACAAAUUCGAGAGAUGGUAGAAUUACCAUUAAGACAUCCACAAUUAUUCCAAGCUAUUGGUAUUAAACCACCAAAAGGAGUGUUAUUAUAUGGACCACCAGGAUGUGGUAAAACAAUGAUUGCACGAGCUGUUGCUAAUGAAACAGGAGUUUUCUUAAUAUUAAUUAAUGGACCAGAAAUUAUGAGUAAAAUGGCAGGAGAAUCAGAAGGUAAUUUAAGAGAAGCAUUUGCAGAAGCAGAAAAGAAUGCACCAGCACUUAUUUUUAUUGAUGAAAUUGAUUCUAUUGCACCAAAAAGAGAUAAGGCACAAGGAGAAGUUGAGAGAAGAGUUGUUGCACAAUUAUUAACACUUAUGGAUGGUAUGAAAAGUAGGUCAAAUGUUAUUGUUAUGGCAGCUACUAAUCGACCAAAUGCUAUUGAUUCAGCAUUAAGAAGAUUUGGUAGAUUUGAUAGAGAAAUAGAUAUUGGAGUUCCAGAUGAAACAGGAAGACUUGAAAUUCUUAAUAUUCACACUAAAAAAAUGAAAAUUGCAGAUGAUGUUGAUUUACUCCAAAUUGCUAAAGAAACACAUGGAUAUGUUGGAGCUGAUUUAGCACAAUUAUGUACUGAAGCUGCUAUGUUAUGUAUUAGAGAAAAUAUGGCACAUGUUGAUGUUGAAGCAGAUUCAAUUCCAGUUGAAGUAUUAAAUGGAAUGAAAGUUACAAUGGAACAUUUUAGAAAUGUGAUGAAAACAUGUACACCAUCAGCAUUAAGAGAAACAGUUGUUGAAAUACCAAAUGUAAAAUGGGAAGAUAUUGGAGGACUUGAAGAUGUUAAACGAGAAUUAAAAGAAGUUGUUCAAUAUCCUGUUGAAUUUCCUGACAAGUUUAGAAAGUUUGGAAUGGAACCAUCAAAAGGAGUUCUUUUCUUUGGACCACCAGGAUGUGGUAAAACACUUCUUGCUAAAGCAGUUGCUUCACAAUGUAAAGCCAAUUUUAUUUCAAUUAAAGGACCAGAAUUACUAACAAUGUGGUAUGGAGAAUCAGAAGCUAAUGUUCGUGAUGUUUUUGAUAAAGCAAGACAAGCAGCACCAUGUGUAUUAUUCUUUGAUGAAUUAGAUUCUAUUGGAAGAGCAAGAGGAGGAGGAGCUGGAGAUGCUGGAGGAUCUGCAGAUAGAAUUUUAAAUCAAUUAUUAACUGAAAUGGAUGGAGUUGGAAAGAAAAAACAAGUUUUUAUUAUUGGAGCUACUAAUAGACCUGAUAUUUUAGACCCAGCAUUAUUAAGACCAGGACGACUUGACCAAUUAUUAUUUAUUCCAUUACCUGACAAAGCAUCAAGAAUAUCAAUUCUACAAGCUAAAUUAAGAAAUUCACCUGUUGCACCAGAUGUUGAUUUAGACUGGAUUGCUGAACAUACUGAAAAUUUCUCUGGUGCUGACUUAGCAGAGAUUGUUCAAAGAGCUUGUAAAGAAGCUAUUAGAGACACUAUUAAUGAAUUAGCUGUUGCUGAAGCAGAAAAGGCAGCACAACCAGAAGAUCAAAAAAUGGAAAUCGAAGUUAAACCAAUGAUUAAAGUUAAACACUUUAAUGCUGCUUUAAGAGAUGCAAGAAGAUCAGUCUCUGAUAUUGAAAUUCAAAGAUACAAUAUGUAUGCAGAAACACUUCUUCAAAGAAGAAGCAUUGGUAAUUUUAGUUUCAAUUGAUUUCUUUAAAUU